UCUUAUGUCUGAGCAUCCAGCUGUCUUUGCAUGGUUUCCAACAGUACAUCACCAAAACUAUGGCAUAUUCAAAUUAUUCUCUGAAGAUAAACAGAGAGCUCUUGGAUCCCAAGUUUGAAAGUUAUAGGCUGUCUUUGGAUCCGCUCCCAACUUACACCAUUGAGCUAGAUGCAGCUGUUGCUGAGGUCAAACUGAAAGACAGCCAGUACACCUUAGAUCAUGUGCGUGCUUUUGGCAUGUACAACUACCUCCACUCAGACCCCUGGUACGAGGACAGCGUUUACUUUGUGGAUUGCAAGGGCCGGCUGCUUAAUCUGACUGUAACAUUGGAUACGGCGCUGGGUAAGCCACGGGAGGUGUUCCGUCUGCCCUCUGACCCCGUGCAGUGCCCCAGCGACCCGGUGUGUGCCUCGCUCAGCCUCACCUCCGCCACCUGGGCGACGCUCUCAGACGGUGCCGGGACCCUCUAUCUCCUCAGGACGGGCAGACGGGGCGAGGGCGCCCUCAACAGGUGGGAGCUGUUCUUCACCGAGAGCCUGGGGGAGCCCUUCACGCUGCUGCACAGCCUGUCCCACGUGCAGGGCGGCCUGCACACACUGGAGCUGCUGCUGCUGCGGCUGCUCAAAGAGCCGCAAGACACCCGGGGCAGCGGCUACACGGCCUCUCUGGAGUGGGUCACCAUUGCCAGCCAGACCACACAGGCGGAGGAGAGGAAGUAUGAGGUGAAGAAGCGGCGGGUAAUGACGGGCGCGUCCGUGCCUCACUACGCUGCCCUUGAGCCCCAGGGGCGCGGGGUCAUGGUGGCAGCCGAAAAGCCCUUCAGGUUCACCGAGGUCGACUCAGUGCCUGUGGAGGAGCCUCCGGCCGAGCCCAUGGAGACUGACAAGACAGAUCCCGUCUACUUCUGGCAGCAGACGGAGGGAGAUCUGACCGUGCAUCUGCGCCUGCCUGAGGGGGUGACCAAAGACGCUGUCUGUUUCCGACUCACGGCCGACCAGUUGAAUGUUGGGGUGCAGGGCUCCGACCCCCUGCUGAAAGGGACACUCCAUGCCCCAGUGGACCCUGAAGCCAGCACCUGGACCCUCGAAAACAAUAAAAGUCUGGAGAUCUCUCUGCAGAAGCGUGAGGAGGGCCCUAUGUGGCCGGAGCUGGUUCUGGGGGACAGGAGAGGGGAGCAUGUGGUGACCGAGGAGCAGGCCGCCCUCAUCCACGAGAGACUCGCCCACCUCACCACCGACGACAUGAACUCCAACCCUGAGAAGGACAAGCCUCCAUGUAACGCUCAGGAACUGGAGGACUGUGACAUGUUUCCAGAAGACAGCUUCAACCUGAUGCGCUUUGACGCAGAUACACUCAAGCCCAGCCACGUGGUAAACCUGGGCAGCCACCAGUACCUGUUCAGUGUGGACGUGAGCCCAACGGACAUGCCAUGUUUCUGCCUGCGGCACGAUGUGGAUGCCCUGCUCUGGCAGCCCAGACCUGACCAGCCUGAUGCAAUGUGGGAGCACGUCGCCACAUUUAACGCCCUUGGUUAUGUCCAGGCGUCGAAGCGUGACAAGAAGUUUGCGACCUGCGCUCCCGACUUUUCGUUCGCCGCACUGGGCGAGUGCCUGCGGCGGGUCUUCCUGUACCGGCAGCCAUCGCCCGUGGACACCGUCCUCUUCAACAGGAAGCAGGGCCGCCAGGUCGGCCAAGUCGCCAAGCAACAGGUGGCGAGCUUGGACACCAACCAGCCCAUGUUGGGCUUCAGGGCUUCCAAAGAGAGACUGUACGUGUUGACCUCCAACAACCUGUUCGUCCUCAAGAUCAACAACCAGUGAGAUGCAAGCCGCAAAAUAGAUAGGUCAGAGGUCAAAAGUUGUCCAUUAGUCAGUCAGUGGAGACUAUAGGACUAUAAGGGUCAGGCAGAAGUCAACUCUGUUGUACUGGUCCCAUGUGAAUUCAUUUCAACAUAAUGUAAUUCCAUAUUUGUAUGUCAGUCCUUUGUAAGAUGCAUAAAGCUGUUUCUAAGUAAUGUUGUGGUUAAACAUGGUUAUAUAAACUGUGCAACAGGUUAAACAUGGUUAUAUAAACUGUGCACAGCCAGGAAUGGACCACACAUUCUGAUGUCUCAAAUCUGACAUUUUACCCUCUGAAAACCAGGUUCACCUCUUCUACUCUCUGCAAACCCAAAGAAGUCUGACUGGUGAAAAGCAGAUAUGAAAUGUGUAUUAGAAAAAAGCAGUACAUUUUCCCAAUCAUGUUUAAAACAUGUUAUUGACCACGUGUUCUCUCCUCUUGGUGUCUACAUGUCCCCUUUGUGUUAUAAAUAGGUGAAUGAAGGGUGCUCUUGAGGUGAUCACCUUAAUGAAUGUAUGCGGAUGGCUGAAUCUAAUAAAUAUCCAUAUAAUUUGGCAGA